GGCAAGAGAGGCUACUUAUGAAGAAAGCAACAGAUACCCAGCUGGAAAACAACAGCACAUCUGGCAUGCGAACUGAACGGGAAGAACUGGAGGAAUAGCUCAACUCGAGUGAAUAAAUGGUCGUUUGGAAAGCUUGCUCAUUUUUUGUGGAGAAGAGAAAAGUUAUCAGGAAUAGUUGUUAAUUUUGGCGUUGCAGAAUUUGGAUAACAUUUCUAAAAGGAGGCGAGGAGUGACACAUUACUUCAGAGGCACGAAGCCUGCUGUGCGUAAUUUGACAUUUAUUUUUGCAAAAUGAGCGGAAAAUCGUAAGUGCAACACCUUGAAGCAUUCAUUUAAGUAACAUUGUGCAACCUGUUCGACAAACAACAUUUAAAAACACCUGCGUUUUGUUCCAACACCAGGCGGAGUUUUGUAACAGGUGGUUUUUAUUGAGCGUCUCACUUUUGCGCUGUCUCCAUCGACAGUUGUUUCUUUGCAUAAAUGACACGCACAGGUCAGUAUCAGGACUGGGGUCUGAAAUGAGGGCUCUUUUGGCAAUAUUUAUUUGAUUUUUGUCGGAUUGGACAACAUCUUGUAAGGUAGGCCAGAAGGUCCUUGCUUCUAAAUGAUAAGCUCGGUGUGUGUUUCGUCUUACCGGGGGCGCAAGGCAGGCAACAAACCUCCGUCUAAAACAUGUCUGAAGGAGGAGAUGUUCAGAGGGGAAGACUCGGAAAAAAUUACCAUCAACGUGGGUGGCACUCGACAUGAAACGUACAAAAGCACCCUGAGGACCCUGCCGGGGACCCGCCUGGCCUGGCUGGCGGACCCGGACCCGCAGGUCAGCUCUGACUCGGAAGCUGCGACCCCGAGCGCCGAGCUCUUCUUCGACAGACAUCCAGGUAUCUUCGCCUAUGUGCUCAACUACUACCGGACCGGCAAGCUACACUGCCCGGCCGACGUGUGCGGGCCCCUCUUCGAGGAGGAGCUGGCGUUUUGGGGGAUUGACGAGACCGACGUGGAGCCGUGCUGCUGGAUGACUUACCGGCAACACCGGGACGCGGAGGAAGCCUUGGAGACGUUUGAACCCCCCGACCCGGAGACCGACGACGACAGAGACAUGCCGAGACGGUUCGGCAUCGAGGACUGUCCGGACAGGUCGAGGAGCUGCUGCGAAGUUUGGCAGCCUAAGGUCUGGGCCCUGUUUGACGACCCUUACUCCUCCAAAGCAGCCAGGGGAGUGGCGUUUGCCUCUCUAUUUUUCAUCCUGGUGUCCAUCACCACCUUCUGCCUGGAGACCCAUGAAGCCUUCAACGAGCUGCAGAACCGGACGGUGCAGAUUGUCGAGGGAAACGUCACACGGAAAGAGGAGAGGCCGGAGAUGGUGACCAAGCCCAUCCUCACUGUGGUGGAGGGCAUCUGUGUGGUCUGGUUCACUUUUGAAUUCCUGGUGCGCAUCGUCUGCUGCCCAAACAAGAUGGUCUUCAUCAAGAACACACUCAACAUCAUUGACUUUGUGGCCAUUCUGCCAUUCUACCUGGAGAUGGGCCUGAAGGGUCUGUCCUCCAAAGCUGCCAAUGACGUGCUGGGCUUCCUCCGCGUGGUGCGCUUUGUUCGGAUCCUCCGUAUCUUCAAGCUGACGCGGCACUUUGUGGGCCUGCGAGUGCUGGGCCACACGCUGAGGGCCAGCGUCAACGAGUUCCUGCUUCUCAUCAUCUUCUUGGCACUCGGUGUACUUAUCUUCGCCACCAUGAUAUACUACGCUGAGCGCAUCGGGGCCCAGCCUGACGACCCCACGGGUUCCAACCACACACACUUUAAGAACAUCCCCAUCAGCUUCUGGUGGGCGGUGGUCACCAUGACAACGCUGGGCUACGGAGACAUGUACCCACAGACCUGGCUGGGCAUGAUGGUGGGGGCUCUGUGUGCGCUCGCAGGGGUCCUGACCAUCGCCAUGCCGGUGCCCGUCAUCGUCAAUAACUUUGGGAUGUACUACUCGCUGGCUAUGGCCAAACAGAAGCUUCCGAAAAAGAAGAAGAAGCACAACCCGAACCCAGACGCUCCGACUGACUCUGCCUCGUUUGUGAAGUCGGAAACAAACUCACACAGAGACAGCACUCAGAGCGACACGUGUCCGCUGGCCGCCGAGGAGAACGUCAGCAGGAACCGCUCAGGUCAGCACACAAUAUUAAAGGACUCCAAGCAGAACGGGGAUGCAAAUGUGGCCCUUUCAGAGGAGGAAGGCUGCAGCCUGACCCAGCCGCUGUCCCCCAGUGAAAAGUGGACCCUGCGGUGCUCCAGAGGGCGAGAUAAGACUAAAAAUGAGGCCACCUGCUUCCUCCUGACCGCUGGUGACUCCAACGCCCAUACUGAGAGCUGUAAAGACCUCCUCGCUGCCACAGGAAACUACGCUCAGCCGGAGGUCACAACGCUGACCUGAUGCUGAUUGACUACGAAAAGGAGAAAGAGCAGGAACUCUCGUCGGACUACAUGCUGCGCAGAGUGCAUGAAAAAACUGGUGGAUUUUGAUUCAAAACAGAAUUUCUUCGAUUUUAUUUUUGCUGCGUCAUAAAUCCUAAAUCCUGUGGUAGAAAAUCAGUUGGAUAGCAUAUUUACCAUACUACACUCAUACACUCAUUAACAUGUCUCAAAGCAUUUAGCAUGUGUCGCAUGACCUCCCAUUGUAAACUAUUCUUUAAAAACAGACUACCUUUAACAUGCCAAUCAUUUAGUGAACAUGUCUUAAAGGACCUGAAGACAAAUACCUAUACAACUAUACUAUUAAGUAUGCCAGGAAAAAAUAUUUUGUAUGUACCAAUAUAUGGUAUGUCAGAUGUAUUAUGCCAAAAAUACAUGGAUAUCAUACUCCAUCAAGUCACAUUUUAAUGUAUGCAAGCCAGCAUACUUUUCUGGCUAUUCUUACCCACAAUCCUUUACACAGGAUACUGCAUAUGAGCAAAAGGGUCGAAGUUCAAGGUGUAAUGAUAUGAAGUACCGUGUCCCAAUUGUAUGCAAACUGCAUUCAACUGUAGGUCAUUUGUAUGGGCAGCUGCAGUACAUACUAAAAGUAAAACGAUGAUUCUGAUCACAGCCAUAUCUUUUUCUCAAUUAUCUUUUUGUUAUGACAGACAUGGUCCUACAUGAACAUUUACUGCCAUCGUUCGAACAUUUUGGUUAUUUCAUAUCACCGAUUUCUGUGUUUAUUUCUUUGCGCUUUUCUUACAUAGACUGAAGUGGGCGGGGCUCAGUUGGAUAGUGUGAUGUCAUGUCUAUGAACUAAUCAGGAUUGAGCAUUUGAGUCUAGUGCUAGUUACUGGGUAGUUUGGGCAUUGUCAUCCAACAUGGUCAAAUCAAACCACAGGGUCUUGAUGAAGCAGAUCUGCUGAGGUUUUGGGUCGUAAUACUAACUUUAGUUGGUCAUUACUAGUUAUUGGUCAACAUUGACAGCUACUUAAUAAGUAAGAUACUUAAAUAUGUAAUAUUACAGAGGAAGACUUUCAUGGGUUUAAAUCUGAAGAAAGUCUGUUUUAACCAUAUGGCAACAUUUUUGCUACAGAGAUGUUGCUAAGCGGUUGCUUGAAGUAAUAUGUACAAUCAGUUUUUUAGAACUAAAUAAAAUUAACUUUGUCAUUGGGAUUAAUGCCUUUAAUCCAUCAAAGUUGUUAACUGUCCAGUAAGAACCCUUUAUAUAUAUAUAUAUAUAUAUACACAGUAUAUGGUAAGAACACCCAAACACUUGUGAAUAUGGGUUUGUACAGCAAAACUGUUACUGUGAACUGGGAUUAGAGGAUUUCUUUGUCGAUCAUCCGGUCUCUGCCUUCUGUCGUGCCACUGCUUUUUAACACUGACCACAGGGACAACAUGCAGAUAUUUUGUCGAGACACAGCAUGGUAUGAAUGAUGCUCAGGCAACACAUUGUUUGUAAAUCCUUGUACAAUAAAAGAGUUCAACAAAAGAAGAAACAAAAAUCAAUGGAGCAGUAUUGUCUGCAAAUCACAUUAGCUGCAUACAAUAGAUCCAUCAGUGCUGGUUGAGUCAGGACCAAAUAUAGACUCUAUUAGAUUACAUGUAGAAUUUUUUGUACCAUCAUCACAAAGUACAUACAGUGCAAUGCCAUCAGUUCCACCUGUGCCUCAUGUUGAGUAAUAGAGCUUCAAUGUGUGCUUCUGUCUGUCUGAUCCGUGGAGUCUCUGUUACAUGUUUCCACAGAGAGAAGGAGUGUGCUUUCUUUUACUUGUGACUUAUAUUCCUUAUGGUCUACCAUAGUGGCCUUAUGUUUAACAAACAAAGGGAAAGUUAAUUUCAUCUUCACUAGACUCCGUUUAAACGCUGACCCAGAGGUUGGUAAUCAUGUAAAAGUACAGUUGUACGUACAGUAUGUAGCACAUUAUGGAUAAUUUCUUUAACUAUUUUCUCCUCCUACUUGAUUUUGCACUGUUAAAUAUCUGUUAAAGUUUGUUAAACAAUAAUGAAAUGUUUUUAUUUUCAUAAUUCAUGUUUUCAGCCUCAUUUGCCUAUUGUAUAUAUUCGAAUGUGAUGGAGAAGCACAUCAGUUUCAUAUUUCCCAUGGAUUGUAUAGAUGAUUGUGAUGGAUUUUAACCCAGUCCGCCUGUCCAUUGUUAUGUGUGCGCGCGUGAUGUUGUAUCAUGUAGGCAUGUUUCUAUGCAGAAAUAGAAAUAAAGUAUU